AAGAAGCCAAAAAUAUUCCAAGAAAACAGGACGUGGGGAAAUAAACCGGGAAGCUGGAAACAAGCUUCAGUGUUUCCAACGCUUUCUCCAAAAAGCCUAAACGUUGAACCCGGAAGUGAGAAAUAGGAAGUAGACUAUGGAGGACAAUAAUAAGGUUACACCAAAGCGUGGGUUCCCAGGGCAGAAAGCCUCGGUGCAAGCUACUCUACGGUGGCAAGGAAGGGAGGGCGGAGCAAUGGCUUUCCCGGAGCCAAAACCGCGGGGCCCGGAGCUGCCUCAGAAACGGUUGAAGACGUUGGACUGCGGGCAGAGGGCGGUGCGAGCCGUGCGAUUUAAUGUGGAUGGCAAUUACUGUCUGACUUGCGGCAGCGACAAGACCCUGAAGCUGUGGAGCCCGCUGCGAGGGACGCUACUGCGGACGUACAGCGGCCACGGCUACGAGGUGCUGGACGCGGCAGGCUCCUUUGACAACAGCAGUCUCUGCUCCGGCGGCGGGGACAAGGCAGUGGUGCUGUGGGAUGUGGCAUCGGGGCAGGUCGUGCGCAAAUUCCGGGGCCACGCGGGGAAGGUGAACACGGUGCAGUUUAAUGAAGAGGCCACAGUUAUCCUGUCUGGCUCUAUUGAUUCCACCAUCCGCUGCUGGGACUGCCGCUCGCGGAGACCUGAGCCUAUACAGAAGCUGGACGAAGCCAAGGAUGGCAUAUCCAGCGUGAAGGUGUCAGACCAUGAGGUCCUCGCAGGGGCUGCCCAAAUGUUGCCACAACCUGAGGGAGUGCCGAUACCACCACUGGGGGCAUUUGGGCUGCAUGGCCUGUUGGCCUACCCAGUUCCCACACAUCCCACCUUGGACUGCACAUGGUUGGCUCCUUCUCAUCCUCAAGUACCAAUUCAAACGUCACCUCCUCGGGGAGCUGAUUACCCUCAGUCAGCAAGGCUCCACGUUGGCAGCAAGUGCUCCUGGCUUGGUAGCAGCUGUGUCCCAAGCUCCCACACAGGGUUGUAGCCCAGAGAAGGAGCUCAGUAUAAAUCAGAAACAGAUGCAGUGGGACCUGAUUGGCCCCUGGGGCUGAGUCUCAAAGCCAGUGCCUCAGAAUUCCACUCAUGAAUUCACUUCAGUGCAUGUUUUCUGUGGCCGGUCCUGAACAUGACAUGACAGUGAAGGGUGCCCAGGAAGGGCAGGCACCCAGCCUUGCUCUCAGGGCCCUGGCCAGGUGAGAGGGUACAGGAGCACCGAAGCUGGAGCCCUGGACCUACUGGCCCCUGUGAUGCUUCAGCUGGAUCC